AUGGCCGAAAUCACAGCAGUUAAGGACUCGCCAUUGCGCGAAGUCCAGAUCGAAGCACUGGUUGCCAUGCGCAUCAUCAAACACGCCACAGCGACAUUUCCCAUACCUGCCACCGGGUUCCUCGUAGGAAUGGAUGUUGGAUCACAAUUGCAGAUCACCAAUACGUUCCAAUUUCCCACAGUUGCACUCGAGGCAUCAAGUUCGCAGGACUCAUACCACCAGGCCGAUCCCGCAACGAUCGCCGCGGCGGCUCCGCGGGCCAAGAGCAAUGUCGCAUAUCAGAACGAGAUGAUUAAGUUUCUACGAGAGGUCAAUGUGGAUGCCCAGGGCGUUGGCUGGUACAUGAGCGCCAACAUGGGAAACUUCAUCAACUCCAACUUCAUUGAGAACCAACAUUUCUACCAACGCGCAGCUGAUGAGAAGACCGUUGCCCUGAUCUUCGAUGCGUCAAGGAGCAGCCAAGGGAGUCUGAGCCUGAAAGCAUAUCGUCUUUCCACAAGCUUUAUGGCCGCUUUCAAGGAGGGCAAAUUCACAACCGAGACUCUUCAAAAGUCAAAUCUACGCUACCAGGACAUCCUCGUGGAAUUGCCAAUCCAGAUUCACAAUUCUCACCUCUUAACAGCUUUCCUUCACCAGCUCCCACAGCAGCCUCCAAAGAAGUCUGCUCUGGACUUUCCGGCUUCGCUCGCUACGCUUUCCCACCACCCCGAUCUGUCUCUGACCGCACUCGCACCCAACUACGAUAGUCUCGACGUCGCAGUCGACCCGUUCCUCGAGAAAACCUGCGACCUGCUACUGGAAAGCAUCGAAACCCACCAGUCUGAGCAAAAUAACGCACAAUACUACCAGCGAUCACUUGCCCGUGAGCAGGCCAAGGUAACACAAUGGCAGCAGAAGCGGAAGCAGGAGAACGCGCUCCGCACGCAGCAAAAGCAACCACUCUUGCCAGAGGACGAAUGGCAAAAGCUCUUCAAAUUGCCAACCGAGCCCUCAAGACUUGAAUCGCUAUUGGUUGGUCGACAAAUCGAGCAGUAUGCCCGACAGGUUGAUGGUUUCUCUGCUGUAGUCAGUGCCAAGAUGUUCGGAGUCAAAGGCAAUCUGCUACCUGGUGGCCUGGAGUAG